CUCCUCUCUCCGUCUCUCUCCUCCCAUCUCUUGCCUGUGUGCACCGUGCAGCUUUACGCUGAGCACAAGGCAUACAGAUGUAAGUUUAAUCCAGGCAACGUCCAGAGCUGACAAGUGAAUAUGAGGUUGCCCUUUUGCUAACAUGCAGUAGUAUUCAGUAGAAUAUUCAACAGCCAGCACAACUGUCAAGGCGGACUCGGAAGGGGAGAUGAAAACCUCCUGGAACUCUGUGUUCGUGUUUUAUUCUCUCCAUCCCUUUGUGUGGAUCUAUGCGUUUCCACUCUUAAAGCUUGGCAGCAAGAGGUGUUAUCUCUAGCACAGAGCUCAGCUUUAAAAGGAAAUUGCAAGUCUCUAAAUCUGCCUGUCAGACUCUGAUGAGCCUCUGAUUAAUAUAUAAAGCGAGAGGAGGACACCCGGAUGAAUCAAGGGAAAACUUGCAGAGGGAAAUUGACACGAACUCGGCAUUUUUUGGACUCUGGUUUCUAGAAGAUUUUGAUUUUUUAAAAUUUCAUUUGUAGCUUUGUACUGGACCUGUGUUGUAUCGUAAGUCUGCAGUGAUUGCACAUUUGUUUCUCGCAACAGCUGAGACGAGAGAUGCUGUAAUGUUGUGCCUGGAUUUGAGCUUCCUUUGAGAGGAUUUUAUUUUCUCCUGAUCAGCGAUCCUUCACUGUUUGAAUCAGCUCUGAUCUGCACUCCCACCCCUCUGCCCCUCUUUUUUCCCCUAUGAACAUUCUGAGCUGGUUAGCCACUUUUGCGACUGGACAGUUAUUUCUAACAGAGGCUGGAUUCGGAAUAGUCGCCUCCUAUAGACCUGAACCGUCUCACGAUCUCCAGAGGGUCCUCAGACUUCGCACCUCUGGGAGUUUGUCACACCUGAUUGAACCAGAGGAGAGUUUAAUUAGAGUAUCUGUGUUUGGGACGGCCAGCCAAAAGCCAGGAUGCAGGUGUCGUUAGUGUGCACGGACCACCGUGGGGGGGUCAACCGCGCCACGGAGGACAGGCUUAACCGACAGAACGCCAACAGCCCCAACACGGGCACCCGAAGCAAGUUCAGAGCAGUGGCGAUGGUGGCCCGCAGUCUUGGACAACUCUCUGUUCAGAGUGUGCCUUCCUCCAGCGAGCAGAGCAUGAAGACUGGCAUGAAGUAUCGAAACCUUGGGAAGUCGGGCCUGCGGGUGUCCUGCCUUGGAUUAGGAACAUGGGUGACGUUCGGUGGACAGAUAACGGAUGAGAUGGCAGAGCAGCUGAUGACUCUGGCCUAUGAAAAUGGCAUCAAUCUGUUUGACACAGCAGAGGUCUACGCUGCUGGGAAGGCAGAGGUGGUGCUGGGAAACAUCAUAAAGAAGAAAGGAUGGAGACGUUCAAGUCUGGUGAUAACAACGAAGAUCUUCUGGGGCGGAAAAGCGGAGACUGAAAGAGGUUUAUCCCGAAAACACAUUAUAGAAGGUUUAAAAGCCUCUCUAGAAAGACUGCAGCUAGACUACGUAGACGUGGUUUUUGCGAACAGACCGGACCCUAAUACACCGAUGGAAGAAACGGUUCGAGCGAUGACCCAUGUGAUAAAUCAAGGCAUGGCCAUGUACUGGGGAACAUCCCGCUGGAGCCCCAUGGAGAUAAUGGAAGCGUACUCUGUGGCGCGACAAUUCAACCAGAUUCCUCCGAUCUGUGAGCAGGCUGAGUACCACAUGUUCCAGAGAGAGAAGGUGGAGGUGCAGCUGCCGGAGCUCUUCCAUAAGAUAGGUGUGGGCGCCAUGACGUGGUCACCUCUCGCCUGUGGGAUCAUCUCAGGGAAAUACGACGGCAGGGUGCCUCCCUACUCUCGGGCUUCUCUGAAGGGUUACCAGUGGUUGAAGGACAAGAUCUUGAGCGAGGAGGGCCGGCGUCAGCAGGCGAAGUUGAAAGAGCUGCAGGCAAUCGCGGAGCGGCUGGGCUGCACUCUGCCCCAACUCGCCAUCGCGUGGUGCCUACGGAACGAGGGGGUGAGCUCCGUCCUUUUAGGGGCGUCCAACACCGACCAGCUGAUGGAGAACAUAGGAGCGAUACAGGUUCUUCCAAAGUUGUCAUCGUCCAUCACACACGAGGUGGACAGCAUCCUGGGGAACAAGCCGUACAGUAAAAAGGACUACCGCUCCUAACGCCAGCACGGCCCCGCCCGGCAGGGCUGCACCCGGGCUGCAGCUGCAGCGCCACACCUUUGCCUGAUCCUCUGUUUGCUUGAGCUUUUACUGAGUGAGACCCUGGCGCAUGAGUCUGGCCACACCAAGGCCACGCAGGGCACCUCAUUUAGAGUUACAGGGAUAAGAUAAGGAAAGGGGGAAAAAAUACAGUCACCUCCACGGGAAAGGAAGGGAAGACAGAAGUGGAAGAGAGGUUAGGGAUAUGCGCUCAUACUUAAAUCAGUUAUACAUUCAAUUCAGCUGAACGUAUUUUAAAAACCGUAGAGAAAAAUACCUUUUUAAAAAAAAAAUAAGCACACGCUUGCUUGGCAGCCAGAUUUUUAUUUAUUUAUUUUUUUUGCUUUUUUUUUUUUUUUUUUUUUUUUUCUAAAACUGAAUGCAACUAAAAGGAAGAUUAAGUUAAUACUGUACGAAUAUACGAGAACUACUCUGUUGCACAUGUACCAUAGCCAUGCAUUUGUUCCUUGGACGUUCUGUUUACAAAAAAACACCCGUGUACUGUACGAGUCUGUCAAGGUUUCUCUGGAAAACCUUUUGUUUGUGCAUUGUCAGUGUACGAGCCUCGUCGUGGGCUUUAACAAUCAGCACUUUAGUAUUGUCAGUACAGUUGGAGGGGAGUUCUAAGGAGAGAGAGGAUGGGUAUUACAGUAGUCUUAUCUCACAGCCAUUGCACUAAAGAAUCAUAUCUCCUGAUAGUUCCCUCUCCUCCUCCUCCUCCUCCUCUUCAUCCUCUCUCUGUGUCUUCACUGGCAGUGCAUUUGUCCUCUUGCUGUCUCAGCACGGCGGCCAAGAUGAGGAGAGGGAACGAGGCGUCUCCUCCCUCCUGACCAGCGAACCGUCCAAGAUGGCGAGUCAGGAGCGUUGGCCGACGUGUCAGGGCAUCUCGUCUGCCACUGAAGAGCUUUAGCUGUUAAUUCCCCCCUAAGGGUAGGACCUGCUGGUUAAAUCAAACGCUGUGACGUACGUGGCGGUGUCGCCCAGCCUCUGCUCCGGCUGAGGGGUUUUACUGUGCAGGCAGGAAGUGGUCAUAUCAGUGCUGGCUCCACAUCUCAUGGAAUCUUCUCCUUGAUCAAAUUCUGUUCAAGUAUUUUGCCUUAUUUACAGUUGCAUCAGACUGUGCUGUGGGCGUAGACGAGCAGCUCGACAGCUGCCCCUUUGGCCGCCUGGUCUCAUGUCCCCAGUAAAUACUGGAACGCCGACUGGUGGAAGUGUCACAUUAGGAAAGUGGAAAUCAGUGGGCGGCAGCAGCUCAGGGAACAGAGCAGGUGGUUUUUAGUCGUGUGUUGGCGUGCACAUGGUCGGGAGGUUGUAUUUACUCGUCUGUCUUUCUUUCAUGUGUGGACACUGGGCGGGACCAGUGACAUUUGAGUGUGGCUCGAGCCAAAGAUCUUCUCCUUUUAUUCUUCAUCUCUUUGUUUCACUCUCACUUCCUGCAAGAGUAUAGAACUCAUCUUGGCGCAUGUGCUGUCCAGCUUGUUAUCUAUCUAUGGUAUGGACUUUACUCCAUAUAUAUAUCUUUACUUGACCACACUGUUAUACUAGUUAACAAAUAUCUCCUUCAUAUACAGAAUGCAUAAGUACAGCUACCUGCUUUAGGAUCGGUAAGGUUCGUUUCAGGGCAACAUACAACCUGAGGCGUGUCAGAAAUAUUACUGCAGAAUUUGACGCCACCCUAUAUCAUUCUUUCUCCUUCGGGUGCUCUCUUACUGUGAUUUAAGCACAAGUGGAUAGCAUGUGAUACAUCCUCAAAGCAUGGACCCUGUUCACCCGGCCUACAGUACGUACAGGACAAGGUGACGCUCCUCCGCUUACUAACACGUGUAGGUGACAAAUCUUUAACUAACAGCUGAUAAACUAUUGAUUCUUAGCAGAAAGUAAACAAGUACACAUUAAGAAAACAUCAUUUUAGUGCGAAUGAUGACGCGAAUGAGACGUAACAGUGGAGGGGAUAAUCAAAAUGAACGUUACUGUGCGGGAUUUGUUCUUUGUUACUCCUCCUGUGAUUUUUAACAGCAGCAAAUUGAUUUCACGUCUCUGCUGUUGAUCCCAUUUGUGUGUAUGUAUGUAUGUAUGGUAUGGGGAUGGGGGGUGGAACUAAUCCCUCGCUUUAGCCUGUUGUAUUAGUUGAUCCCUGUAUAUGUUUGAUUUGCUGUGUUUGAGUGUUUUCUCAGAAGAAGAGAAAAAAAUAAGCAAAGAGCAUUUAGUUCCUUUAGUCUGUGGAGUUCCUGUGUCUUAAUAUCUGCAGGGAGCGGGGAGGUUUGAGACUUUAAGUUUGACAAUUUAAGAAAUACUCUCACAUGCUUUCUUACUGAGAGUUGAAAUAAAAAGGCUGACACCACACUCUUAACUGCUGAUAAAUAUUAACAUUACAGCCAACAGCAGACUAGCUUAGUUUAACAUUAAUACUGCAAAUGGGGAAAGAGCUGAUCCAACUACCUGCUCCUUUAAAGCUCAUUAACACCAAAUUAUCAUGUUUAAUUCAUACAAAAACUGUUUGUUCCCCUCGCAAAUUGUGUUUUCCUACCCUACAGACCUGUUUAUUUCUCCCAAAAGAACCCCAGCGAAUUGACAUUUCUGAACCUAUUAAACAAACAUUUUAUGCCGAGUUUACGCGGCACUAUUUUAUUCCCAACUCUCCACUUCCACGGGUCACCUUUCCACUUUUUCCACCCGACAGUUUUCUGAGAUUGCAGACAGAAGCCUGCUUUUUGCUAUGUGUGAAUUUCCAAAGAUGCAAUCUGAGCGAUGCAUUGCAGACACCCAGGAGAAAUAAAGCAAGUUAAAUAUCUGGACCUGUCUGCAAGUUCAGAUCCUGUAGUGUGAAAAUGGUUUUGACAGCAGUUUUGGCAUAAAGCUAAUGAGAGUGCAAUCUACAGGGUGAGAGAAAUAUGAGGGAGCAGAGUUGUAACACCUGCAGCAGAAUAUCUGCAAGCUCUGGAAUUAUUUUUUAUUCAUUUUUUUGCUGCAAAUUAGCGCACAAACGACUUAGAUUGGUAGCUUUAAGGAGGACACACCUGUCUUGCGUCUUUUCUGUAGCAUUCUCGCCUGUUUUUUUGUUGACUAACUUAGUUUUGGAGACCAGUUUCACCCAGUGAAAGGUCUUGUGAUCACUCACAUGCACAAACCACAUUACAUCAUGUCAUUAAUUCCAUAUAAUCAUGUACUCAUGUAUUGUGCAAACCACAUUACAUGCCUGUCUUAUAAUGUUUUGAUCAGUACAGCAAGCUGACAACUUUAUCUUGUAUUUGUAAGAGCUUUAGAGUUGCUGAUAGUUUCCUGGUCCCAGUCUCUAUGCUGCUGAUGGCUUCAUAUUUAGCUUGCAGACGUGUGUGUUUUCAAUCUUCUCAUCGAACUCAGCAGAGAAAGUGAAUAAUUGCAUUUCCUAAAAUGUCAAACUUGCCCUUUAAUGGUAUCGCUGUGCAUUUUGUUUGACCAUCAGUGUUAUUUCACAGCGUGCUGACCUGCACAACAAAGAUCUUGUGGUGUUAAAAGGUUUCUGCACAUUGUAGAAAUAACUCUUUAAUGUUUCAAAGCUGAAGCGUAGUUACCUGGUGCCCUCGCCUGCGUAGGAGAAAUUCAUGCUUUAAGAGGUCCUAGUUUCUUCACAUUUGCUGUUCUAACAUUUUAAUGUCUAGUUCAGACAUGAAACCAGACCCACAGAUGGAUAGAGCUUAUUUUACAGAAGGUUCUAGGGUUAUACAGAGAAUAUAUUUUUAUGUUUUAGCCUUGAGAGCGGUAGAGAGAAUCAAAAGAACUGUUUUUAUUUUUUUCAUCAUGCUGCAUUUUUCCUAUCAGUAUUGUAUCGAUAGACUGACAAAAGGAAGCAAUUUCUUUGUGUUGUGUAUGCAUUUAUGAGGAAUGCUCUGAAGUGAAUGCACUGGUGGACUGAAUUCACUCUGAAGACGACGUAGUGAGAGCCUGGUAUCUCCUGUACAUAGUCUGACCUUUGUAUAUAUUUCUGGUUGUGAUCACCUCUGCCUUUUCUCUUUUUCUUUUUUUAAUUUUCUUUUGCAGGCGUUGCUAUCUGCACUGUGCUUGAAUCUGACUUUAGACAGGAUGUACAGCUUCGACCUUCAAUGAAAAUGAAAUAAUGAUAAAAUAAGAAUGGUAAACAAA